UUCUCCCUCAGACUUCCUGACUUUUCAGAGGCGAAGAUGUCAUAGGGUUGAAUUUCAUUUAGCACUAAGUUCCCCGCAGAUCCCCUGUGGGUAAUGGAUCGGGUAACCAUGUAUAAAGGUGGGACAUUUGGACAGUAAAAAGUGAGCACUAAAGAUAAGUUGUUAAUUGAUAUACAGCAGGCUUCUCCUGGGACCAUCCUGCAAACGCAACUUGUAGCCACCUGGGAAGGGUUGGACGUGCCCAUCCAUUCGCCCUGCUGGUCCAGGCGGCUUGGAGCUCCUCUUGGUGCUGACAUGAUGACAGUGUGCAGGCCGGCCAAGGGCAGCCACAGCCAGACUGAAAACCUGGGCUACAGAUUGGCUGACAAGGUCAAGGUGGAAGGUCCAAAGGCUGGGGAAGACCCUCCAGGGCAGCAAUUUGAGUCCUCCAUUCCUUUGCUAGAGACUGAUCAGGAUUCACCCUUCCAGAGGAGCCCGCUGGAGAGCCUCAAUAACCCGAUGCUAGAGUCACGAGUGGACUGUCUUCAGCAGAACAUGUUCAGCUCAGAUAUGAUCAUCAGCGACCCAGCUUCAGAUCUCAGUGCUAAAGGAGCCAGCAGGGCCGGCAAGAGGCAGCUCGAUGGUGUUCAGAACCCCUGCCCUCUUGCCCGAGGCGGGGCCCGGCACAAGUCCCUCAGCAUAAAGGACAAGAUAUCAGAAUGGGAAGGGAAAAAGGAGUUGCCCACUCCUGCUCCUGGCAGGAAAGCAGACGGGCAAGAGGAUUACCUGCCGUCCUGUGUACAGAUGGAGAGGAGAUGUGGUGAUGGUGCGAGGACUCGGGUCACAGAGGCUCAGAAUGGAACAAGGCAGGAAACAGAGAGUAAAGAGAAUGAGAGGAAUACAGGGAUAGUGAAAGUCGGGGCACAGGAUGCAGAGCGGAAGCAAGACCUAAGCCAGCCAGCCCGGGAGCUGGCUCCUAGCGUGGGUAGAGGCCGAGAGCCGAGGCUGGGCAAACAGCGCUUUCAGAAUGAUAGCCUCUCUGUGCUGAAGCAGGUCAAGAAACUUGAGCAGGCGCUGAAGGAUGGCUCUGCAGGGUUGGAUCCCCAGUUACCAGGCACCUGUUACUCCCCACACUGCCUGCCAGACAAGGCCGAGGAGGUGCCCAUCCUUCCUGAGAACCGUGGAGGCGGGAGUGGCUCAGAAUUCAGGUCCCACCACUUGGACCUGGAAGCCAGGGAAUCCGCCCCUGAGGCUGCAGAGGAAAGGAAAGGCUCGUGUGGAAGGCCCUGCGACCAGGGCCUGGAGAGUGUGUACAGGGGCUCAGAAAACUCCUCCCUUAAACCCUUCAUUAACCCUCUGCCCAAACCCCGGAGAACUUUCAAACAUGAUGGAGAGGGGGACAAGGAUGGGAACCCAGGCAUCAGCUUCAGGAAGGAUAAAAGGGACCUGCCUCCUCUGCCCUCUCUACCUCCCCCGCCCCUGCCCUCUUCUCCCCCGCCUUCCUCUGUGAACAGAAGACUGUGGAACGGGAGACCGAAACCCAGUGCUGACCACAGAAAGUCCUAUGAGUUUGAAGACUUACUGCAGUCUUCCUCGGAGAACAGCCGGGUGGACUGGUAUGCACAGACUAAGCUGGGGCUCACACGCACUUUAUCGGAGGAGAACAUCUAUGAAGACAUUCUUGAUCCGCCCAUGAAGGAAAACCCUUAUGAGGAUGUUGAAUUACAUGGUCGCUGCCUGGGGAAGAAGUGUGUCUUGAACUUUCCGAGUUCUCCCACCUCUUCCAUCCCCGACACACCCACCAAGUCAUUGUCCAAACCUGCUUUUUUCCGGCAAAAUUCAGAGAGGAGGAACUUCAAACUGCUGGACACCAGGAAGCUGAGUCGGGAUGGAACCGGGUCCCCUUCCAAAAUCAGCCCUCCCUCCACACCCAGCAGCCCUGACGACACUUUCUUUAACCUGGGAGACAUGCAGAAUGGGAGGAAGAAGAGAAAGAUACCCAAGCUGGUGUUGCGAAUCAAUGCCAUUUACGAGGCCCGGAGAGGAAAGAAACGGGUGAAGAGGCUGUCCCAGUCAACAGAGAGCAACUCAGGAAAAGUGACAGAUGAGAACAGUGAGUCUGACAGUGACACCGAGGAGAAGCUGAAAGCCCACAGCCAGCGCCUGGUCAAUGUGAAGUCACGCCUCAAGCAGGCUCCGAGAUACCCGUCACUGGACCGGGAGCUCGUUGAGUACCAGGAGAGGCAGCUCUUCGAGUACUUUGUGGUCGUGUCUUUGCACAAGAAGCAGGCCGGGGCUGCAUAUGUGCCAGAACUCACCCAGCAGUUCCCUCUGAAGUUGGAAAGGUCUUUCAAGUUCAUGAGAGAAGCUGAGGACCAACUGAAGGCUAUCCCCCAAUUCUGUUUCCCUGACGCCAAGGACUGGACACCUGUCCAGCAGUUUACCAGUGAAACAUUCUCAUUUGUCUUAACUGGAGAAGAUGGGAGCAGAAGGUUUGGUUACUGCCGAAGACUGCUGCCUGGUGGCAAAGGAAAGCGUCUCCCUGAAGUUUACUGCAUCGUGAGCCGCUUGGGAUGCUUCAGCCUCUUUUCAAAGAUCCUGGAUGAGGUGGAAAAACGACGAGGCAUCUCUCCUGCCCUGGUACAGCCUCUCAUGAGGAGCGUCAUGGAAGCCCCUUUCCCAGCCCUGGGCAAAACCAUCAUUGUCAAGAACUUCUUGCCAGGAUCUGGAACUGAGGUGAUCGAACUGUGCCGCCCUCUGGACUCCCGGCUCGAACAUGUGGACUUUGAGUCUCUCUUUUCCUCUCUCAGCGUCCGACACCUGCUCUGUGUUUUUGCCUCCCUGCUUCUGGAAAGGAGGGUCAUCUUCAUCGCAGACAAGCUCAGCACCCUGUCCAAGUGCUGCCACGCGAUGGUGGCGGCCAUCUACCCCUUCACCUGGCAGCACACUUACAUCCCGGUGCUGCCACCUGCCAUGAUAGACAUCGUGUGCUCACCGACCCCGUUCCUCAUCGGGCUGCUCACCAGCUCACUGCCACUGCUCAGGGAGCUGCCACUGGAAGAGGUCCUUGUGGUUGACCUCGUCAACAAUCGGUUCCUCAGACAGAUGGAUGACGAGGAUUCCAUUCUGCCCCGGAAGCUUCAGGUAGCCCUGGAACACAUUCUGGAACAGAGGAAUGACCUGGCUAGUGACCAGGAUGACAGGCCCCCGGACUGUAAGCGUGGCCCUGAGUCCAGCCCCUUGAACGAGGUGGUGUCUGAAGCCUUUGUCCGCUUCUUCGUGGAGAUCGUGGGCCACUAUUCGCUGUUCCUGACGGCGGGCGAGCGCGAGGAGAGGACUCUGCAGCGAGAGGCCUUCCGCAAAGCCGUCUCCUCCAAGAGCCUCCGCCGGUUCCUGGAGGUUUUCAUGGAGACCCAGACGUUUCGGGGCUUCAUCCAGGAGCGGGAGCUGCGCCGGCAGGAUGCCAAAGGUCUGUUUGAGGUCCGAGCCCAAGAGUACCUGGAGACACUUCCCAGUGGAGAACACAGCGGUGUCAACAAGUUCCUGAAGGGACUAGGCAAUAAAAUGAAGUUUCUCCACAAGAAAUAACCCUCAACCCAGCCUCAUGGGAAAACUUCCUCCUAGUGCAACCACAUGUUUUAAAAACAGUCCUGGGGGCCUUUCUGAAAUGUUGGGUCCCUGGUUGUCCCAGGUCAUGGGAUAAAGGCCAAGAUGGUUUCCAGCCACCCCUGGGCUCUCCCCAGGACCCAGAGCCACCAGAAGGUGCCGCUUCUUCAGAACAGCACUGGAAAUGGGACCUGAGGCCAGGCACAUUCAAAUGGAUUGCUGGGGUUGUUGGUUUUCGAGAUUUUGAUUUUUUAAAAAAUCUUAGAUAUUAAAAAAAAAAGCAUUUGGGUUUUCUUUUUAUUACACCACGGCUAAGAAAACUCUGUCCUGCCCUAUGCCAUCUUUGCCUGGCUCAUCCUUCCUGGCUUCUCUGCUCUGGAGCCAAGAGGAGAGGAGGAGCGGGGAAGGAGCCACCACCAAGGACUUGGAACCCAGGAGCUCUCCUGCGCAGAACUGGGGACAAGUGUGGGAGUCAAGGGGGCAGCGCUGCGGCCAUGCCUCCAGACACUACAGACGCUAGCCAUGGGUGUCAGGGCAGGAGUCCUCUGGGAAAAGGACUGGCAGGUAUGUGGAGUGGAGAUCUGGGCUGAAAGGAAGAACGGGAACAGUAGGAUCUGGCUUCCUUGGAUGAACUGCGCUUCAAGCUGGCCAGUGGUGCCACCUGGUGGCCGAGGCCAUUUGUUGUCCUGCCACUGACUUCCUUUCUUGCCUCACGGGCCUGACUCUUCUAGACUGCCCCCUUCCUCUUAGAAGCCAUAGAGCCAUCCCCUGCCGGAGCAGCCCAUGACUUUUAUUAGAGGUACACACAAAAAGAGGGAACCUCCUCGCAAGAUCUGCUAAUAAAAAUUCUUGGAGGUCCUAAAGCUUAUGAUGCUGCCUCUUUGACCCCAUUCUUAUUUGUACUUUAUGAAAUGUCCCGAUUUCAGUGUAGGAGCCCAGAGAGGCACACAUGACCUAGCACACAUGCAGCAUAGAUGGAGGGACUUUUGUUGUUCAUGUGAACAAGAGGGAGCUUCCUCUGACUUGUGUAGCCAGAACGGCGGAACUGGGGUUUCUGGAGAAGGCUGCACUCUGGGCACUGUCCUGCAAGGGCACGGCAGGGAGGCAGGAAGAGAAGACUGGGCAGCACAGGAGAGGUCUCAAAGCAGGCCUCAGGGCCACCCCGAGGCCCACCCGCUGCCUGCCUAGCCCACUGGUGGAUUCUCUCUGGAUGACACCAGCAACCCUGCAAAGACACACAAAAGGGAUGUGCUCUGACCUUGGCGAUGGCCCAGGGGCCUGUGCUGCCUGGCAAAGGUCCUUGACCUUUAGGGAUUUGUGAGCAAGGGGGUAUUCUGAGGAAAAUUAAGAACAAGAGGAAAAUGAGGAAGAGGCUGACGUCUCAUUCUACAUUAGGGGUUCUUAACUAGAAUCAUGGACACCGCCCCCCCCCAGCAAAUUGUACCCAAGAUUUGGUGUGCCCAUUUGUUUUUCAGGGGAGAGAAUCCAUAGUUUACAUCAGAUUCUCAAAAGGGUCCAAGGCCUCCAAAAUGGUAGGAACCAGACUAUGUGUAACAAUGAACUUGGGUCGAUGUGUGUGGUUGGGGUUGCAGAGAAUCUAUGAGUGUGGGGGCUUAGGAAUUAUAACUAACAAGCUCCUCAGAUUAGUAUUCACUUCAUUAAUACCAAUAUUCUCCCCAGAGAUGUUCCCUUGUAAUAUUUUAGAAUAUACUUUCUUUUCUAACUUAUUUCAUAGUUAUAUUGUUUACUCAGCACCUCCAAGUGAAUAAAUAUACAUCUUUGUCAGCAUUUCUAAUGAUUGUAUAAUAUUCUAUUUUGUAGAUAUACUAAAAAUAAUUUUACUAACUCUCAUGCAUGCAGGAUGUUUCCAAUUUUUAUUAUAAGGAGCAUUGAGAAAAGCAUCUUAGUAAAAGUAUCUUAGUACAUUUGCCCUAUUUGCAUUUUCACUUAUGCUUGAAGUAAAAUACAUAUACAGAAAAGUGCUCAAAUCAUUAAUAGACAACCUGACAAACCUCCACAAAUGACCACAUCCGUGUAACCACGUAACCAGCAUCCAGGUCAAGAAACAGAACAUCAUCGGAUGCAGCUCACCGUCCCAACGUCCCUCCCAUCCUGCUCCGCGUAAGUUUAAACUAAGUCAACUAAUCAAUUGUCUGCAUUUUGCAAAGUGGUAAAUUGGGCUGGGGAGGGUCAGAGACAAAAGAAAAAAGCAGAGUUGUGAUCCCUGCUCACAGUCUAGGGCAAAUUCUGGAUGGAUAACACUGUUUGGAUUUAGAAACAAAGUGUGGUCACAAAGCAUAGGUGUGAUAGACCAGAUCACUGCCACUCCACCUUUGUGUCUUAUGCCACACCAACCACCAUCUGUCCAAGAGCCAAGUCCUUUAAUGCCAAUAAAAAGCACACAUUUUCCAUGAAGAAUGUGUAUGUGUUUAGAGGCAUUUCAUUAUUGUGUUUAAAUUCACGGUCGAUCACAUGGUCAUGAAAAAGAGUUGGAGCAGGAUUAUUGGGUGGAUGUUCUUGCUGUGGAAUAUCAGAGACAGUUAUGGGCAAGGAAGGGGAGUGUGGGAGCAGGUGCAGUUUGUAUACCUUGGGAAGAGGCCAGAGACAGCGAAUCUGAAAGUGAAGGCAGCCGUCACCACUGCUGAAACGAGGAAGAAUGAAUUCUUAGAAAUUAUCACAUAAACUCUUCUUACUCAGACCAAGAAUAAUAACAUCUAUCAUUUUUGAGUAUUUCUUCUUGCCCAUUACUAUGUUGAGUUCAUCACGGGUAUUAUUUGAUCACUAGAAUGUAAGCCUCAUGAGGGCAGGGACUGUGUCCACCAACUUCACUGCUGAAUUCCCAGAGCCUAAAUUCAGUGCCUGGCAGAGCAGUCUCUCAGGUAAUGUUUGCUGACCAAAGAAAAAAUUCUAGAGUGGUACUAAAAAAAACAGACCAAAAGUGGUGCUAAUACUGUCUCUAUCGCAGGCCAGAAGCUCCUUAGAGAUGGAUGCAUACCCACAGAGCCGAAGGAGUGCGUUACCAAGGGGAGUCCACCUGCUGCUGACUGCAACAGCCAUUCCUCGCAUCUCAGAUACUUUGUUUUCAGCACAAGCAGCAAGCUCCUAGGAGACCACAUUAACAAUCAGCAGGUUGUUUGGUGAGUAGGAAGUUAGAGCAAAGGGUGUGAGAGAGUCUGGGGGGAGCAUCUCCCCAGGAGGGGAGGGGAGCCCAACAGCCUCCCCUAUCGGCCCUGCGGAUUCCUUGAUCCUUGGCAUUUCCCCUGCCCCCCUACCUCACUCCAUUUCCUUUUUUUUUUUUUUUCCAUUGGGGGAAAUUCAUAUAACAUAGAAGUAACCAUUUUAAAGUGAAGCAUUGGGGAGGGUAUAGCUCAGUGGUAGAGUGCAUGCCUAGCAUGCACGAGGUCCUGGGUUCAAUCCCCAGUACCUCCACUAAAAUAAGUAAAUAAACCUGAUUACCUCUG